AUGGAGAACAUAUCCGGUCAUGCACGAGAUGACCCUGGUUCUUCGGAACUCGAGCGACCUUCCAUUGGUGCCCAGGACAACCGACUUGCCAAAGCUCUGACAUCGAUCGCCCUGUCAAUUCUCUAUCUUUCGGUCAUAAUCAGAGAGAUUCCUCCCCACACAGAGCUGCCGAUUGAACGGAAAGUUGAUUUGUGGAACAAUUGGGAUUUUCCUCUGACAAUUCUAUUAGCGUCUUGGUGGCCGCAGGAAAAUGGAGUCGAUUCGGGUUCCCAGGAAGAUCCGCCAAAAGUACCAGAGCGCCGUUUAGCUGCUUAG